AUGAUCUAUCUGAAUUUUAUUGCGAAUGUUAUUAUUGUGGCUGGUUUGGCGACUGCAGCGUUGGAUGUAAGAUCUGAUCUUUUGACAAUUACGUCAUCAACAACGUCAGCAGCUAUCACCUCGGCGUCAUCAUUAUUUUGGAAGUUCAUAUCGACUACUGCAAGGGUUGUUAAUGUAAAGCAGCCGGAGCCAAAUGGUAAAAACGCAGCUGAAAUCCAGCAGGUUACUACAACCACCCAUCACCAUCCUUACGACAAAACUGCUAACAAUGACAACAUCUCAAAAUACACUAAUUUUACUAAUUCCACUGACGGCCAUGGUGAUAAUGAGGAUAGUAAAGGUACAUCAAAUUUGGACCCAGGUUGUCUCAACUUUCAUCCAGGGACACUGCAAUGCUAUUCAAGUUGUCUGCCAGAAUGUUCCGUGAGAAGAGUGAACAGUAUAAGAGUAGCUGAGAAGAUGAAGGAGUGUGUUUUUAUCAUUGGGAGUUUACUUAUUCAAAUCUCUGAAAUGGAUAGCUUUUUAAGCAAGAAGUAG